AUGCCUUGCUUCAAGGGUCUUGCGGUCAGCAUCCACACUCCUAACGGUCCUCUCUCGGAAUACUCUGUUCAGAAGCAAUCGCGCCUGUCCAGAAUCAGUACAUAUAUUCCCGUCCCUCCUCCCAAGAUUCCCACCGACGGCUCAUCCAACAAGCCCGAACCAUCCUCAUUCGCUAUCUCCAUCACUCUCCUCACUCCUGGCCAAGAUGUGCCGUACUCGACUCCGAAACCCUCUGGACAGACUCCGAAUCCCAAGCCGCGCGUUGUAGGAGGUCUCCCGGGUCAUGGCGAUGAGCGGGGCAAAUACAUUGGCGGAAUCGGGCCCUAUGUGCCACUCACUACCUCUCCAAACGAGACGAUCGCAGCCUACAUCUAUUUUGAUGGUCGCGCGAAGGAAGAGGUAGCGACACUGCUGAGAAAAGGUGAGGAGACCUGGGUCAACAGUAGAUGGGUUAGCGUUCCCGACAGCGAAGGUGGUGGUCUUGCCGAGCGCGAAUUCUUGUUCCGAGAAGUCGGUCUAGAGCGGUGGCUCAACGGUCUGGACUUGGAGGGCAAGGAUGCCGCCGCUACCAUCGAGAAGCGAAGACAGAAGCUAGAAAAGCGACGAAGGAAGAGAAAGGAAGCCGUGGGAUCAGACGACGAGUCGAACGGCCUGACCAAGUCGGAGCCGAGAAAGAGCACUCUUCGAUACGGUGCAGAUGGACAGCUUGAGAACGUGUCCGACGAUGAUUCUAUGGACGACUCCAACACAUCCGACGAAGAUGACGAUGAUCCAAUCCCGGAAGCUGCAGGUCAAAUCAAGAUCGCUCUGUUUCGUGUUCUUGCCAGCGGCGAAGUCAAGCGCGGAGAGUACUCGCCGCAGUUUGACGCUCACGACGACGAUGAGGACUCGGAUGGCAACAAGACCAACGGGCACAACAAGGCGGAUGUCGAUCAUACUACCAGCUUUGCAAAACCCAAGACUCUUGAUCCUAAAACUAUUUCAACACAGACAGUCACUGGGAUCGAUCCCACCGACAAGCCCUAUGCUGUCUUUACGUUCUUCUACCGCGGCGAACGCCAACUUCAGAAGAUGGGCAUACUGGGUGGUCCCAAGGGUGACAAGGCAGUCCCUGCUGCUAAGCGCAGAAGCCUGAUUGGUGAGAUCCCCAAGCUCGGUCCGCUCAAGAAGGAGGGUACCGCUGGCUUUUCUCAAUUUCGAGACCGUUCAGGCCGGAAGGGCAAGCGGGAUGGCGAUGAUAUGGACAGUGACAGCGACAACGAGGGAGGCGACAUUAUUGGCAAGAUGGACGAUAUCAACGAAGAUGACAUCAAAAAUUCGAAUAUGCUAUCGCCCGAAGACGCCGAGCGGACUGGAGCUGUGGCUGAAGGCAUCCGCAAAAUCAAGUUGAAGCGACAACAUUCUGCGGAGCCCCUCAACAGCAAUGGCGUAGCGGACGCACGAAAAAGCUCCAAGUCUGGCUCUGGGUCUCCCUCAGCUUCAUCAACGCCCAAGCUGCUUGGGGAUGAGUUUGGUACUUCGCCUGCUCAGGGCCAGCUCGGUGAAGUCAAGAAGGAAGACGACUUUAUGGUUGGCAGCCCGUUAAAAAAGCAGCGCUCGUCUAUGGCCGACUUUGACGACGACUUCAAGAGGCGGCUACAGCGAGGUCUGGCGGCUCAAGCCAUCGGCGAUGUACUUGGAUCUGGUGCCGCAGCCGAUAGUCCUGCCUCCAAGACGGGCCUACAGUUUGGUGGAGCAUUGGGCAAGAAACCCGCUGACGAUAACGACGAGGAGCUGUAA